AUGCGGCUUGGCGCCCAGCCAUACGUGCCGAACGAGCUGGAGGCCCACGUGUCGGGGGACGGCGCGGGGGACGAGCAAGACGAGGGGGUCGCGGCCAGCGCCGUGGCAGAGCUGGGCGGAAGUGCGCGAGCAGGAGCGCGCACACUGCGGCGCUCAGGUGCCGCGCCGUGCGCUCUGGACGACGAGGCCGACGGCGACCGCGGACCCGUGCUUGCCGAGGGAACGAACGAGGCUGUGUUCGACGACGACGUGCAGGAGAGCGAGGAGAAGCUGGGCAUCGGGGGGGCCUCUGCACUGGCGCGGAGGCCUGCGGUACGGUACGCGGCGCUGGACGGCGACUCGGCGAAGCCCGACGUCAGCGGCCACAGCCUACCUGCGGAGUACGACGGCGGCGAGGAGAGGCCGCCAUCCAAGGGGCUGGACGACGAGUCCGACGGCGGGCACGACGCGGUGCCCAUCGACAGGAAGUUGCAUCGGUGUUGCUUCAGCGGGGGCGCGGAGGCGGGGGUCGGGCGACGUGAUGCUGGACGGCGACGUGUUGGAGCCCGACGUUACCAACGACAGCCUGCCUGCGAACUACGACGGGGUGGUUGA